GAGAAGGACAAACUCCCCCAGGAGCCCACUUCUGUGCCGCCCGCUCCCCCCUUGGAUGCCUCUGGGCUGCCCAUGUGUGCUGUGGAGCGUUACGCGAUGGACAACAUUGAGGCCUUUCUCCGGAGCACAGAGCCUCAGAAUGAGGAGAAGAAGAUGAAGUUCCUGUGCAGCAUCCGCACCAUCUGUGGCUCCGCAGCAGAGAGGAACACGGUGCAGGAACUGCGCAUCUUCUGCCGCCGGAACGAACUUGUGGAGAACAUCAUGGUGCUGCUGGCAGAGGAGCCGCGGAGAGAGCUGAGCUCCGAACUGCGGCUGCAAGCGGUAGCCGCCAUCACCUCCCUCAGCAAGGUGGAGGGGGCUCUGGAGGAGAAGAUCCCUCUCUUUGUUGUGUGCUUCCGGAGCAUCUUCCUGCUUCCCUCAGAGCAGGACCUGGACACAAACCUUUACUCCAAGACCCUGAGGGCUCUGGAUGAGAUGCUGCACUCAUUGGUGUUCAUUCACCCCAGCACCAGCAUCGGAGAGGAGCUGAAAGACGUCUUCCAGGUGCUGCUGCCCUUCACCUCCUUGCAGAGCUCGACCGUGCGCCAGAGGGCAGUGGGGCGCAUCUGGAAGCUGACUCAUUCGCUGGCACAUUACUGCCAGGAGAAGCCCCGUCACUCCUCGGAACAAUCCCCAUCUGCCAGCUAUGACAAGCUCCGCCUGCCCGUGCUGGGGCAGCUGGUGGGAUGCCUCAUCCUGUGCUGCGCUUUUGUCCAGGAGGACAAAACAUGCCGCUGUGCUUUGAGCGCUCUCCGUCACCUCUACAGAUUUGUCCUGUGGAGAAGCCGCUGGGAAGGGCAGCUGGACGAGCAGGGGAAACUGGAGCAGUGGGAAGCUGACCACGAGUUCUCCCUCACCUGGACCACCAACACCACGGUCAUUUUGCUGCGCUUUGAGAAGUACUUCCACUCUUCAGAGAAGACCGAUCUCAUCCUCCUGGCGCUGCAGGGCAUGAGGGACUGCAGCAACUACAACACCCAGGUGGCUUCCACCUUGAUGGCCGUCCUGACGGUUGACUUCAACCCUAUGCCCAAUGAUGUGCAGCGCAUCGUGACGGCCAUCCACAGGAGCAGGAAGCUGAUCACAGAGGAGCAGGCACUGAGGACCAUCCACGGCACCUUCCCCUCACUGGCUGCCGCCAACCCUCGCGCGAUGACACUCAGCCUGCUGCGCUGCUCCCCCACCUGUGACAAGGACAUAUGGGAGCUGUGGGAGUUGGCGCUGUCCUCGGUGGAUGUGGUGCCAAAGAUGGUGCAGGCGCUGCUGCGUCAGCUGGAGACCGUGCCGCUGGGCCAGAAGACCGAGGUCGGCGUCCUUCACCUGGCCGGGAGCAGCUCACUGCUGAGUGCUGUCCGGGUGCUUUCCGCAGGCGGCCACAGCACUGCAUAA